CGACGUGUCGCAUCAAGACAUUUCUUAUCUAUGUUUAAGCGCCACUAGGAAAAGUGUCAGCUCAUUACAGAUUUUGGGAGCGUGUAUUAUUAUUAAAAGUUCGCAAUGCCAUUAGAGAAUUUGGAAGAGGAAGGUUUGGAGAAGAACCCGAACCUGGAAUUGGCACAAACUAAAUUUCUGCUAAGUCUUCCUGAACACAAGGAUGAUCCUAAUUUCAAGACAAAGCUCUUGGAUGCUAUCAAAAACGAAAAUAUGGCUCCAUUUUAUGAAGAAGUAUGUAAAGAUCUGGAUUGGCCAGUAGAUGAAACACUUCUUUCAACAAUGAAGGCACAUAAUGCGGAACAAUUAAAGAAACUUGAUGACGCUAUCGAAGAUGCUGAGAAAAACUUAAGCGAGAUGGAAGUUCGGGAAGCUAAUUUAAAGAAAUCUGAAUAUCUGUGUCGAAUAGGUGAUAAGGAAGGUGCAAUUUCGGCGUUUAGGAAAACUUACGACAAAACAGUAUCAUUAGGACAUAGACUAGAUAUUGUAUUUCACAAUAUUAGAAUUGGCUUGUUCUAUCUGGAUCAUGAUCAUAUUACGAGAAAUAUCGAAAAAGCUAAAAGUUUGAUAGAAGAAGGUGGUGAUUGGGACAGAAGAAACCGUUUGAAAGUCUAUCAAGGAACAUAUUGCAUAGCUGUUCGCAACUUCAAAGAAGCUGCAAACUUCUUUUUGGAUACAAUUAGCACUUUCACAAGUUAUGAACUUAUGGAUUAUAAUACAUUUGUGAGAUACACAGUAUACUUGAGCAUGAUAAGCCUUCCGCGCAAUGAACUGAGAGACAAAAUUAUUAAAGGAUCUGAAAUAUUGGAAGUUCUCCAUAGUAAUCAGGAUGUCAAGGAUUAUUUAUUCUCAUUGUAUAAUUGUCAUUAUGCAGACUUCUUUAAGAAUCUUGCACAUGUUGAAGGAUUGCUACGUCGAGAUUAUUUAGUAUUUCCGCACUAUCGAUAUUACGUUCGAGAAAUGCGAAUUCUCGCAUAUACACAACUAUUGGAAUCUUAUCGAUCUUUAACUCUCCAGUAUAUGGCUGAAGCAUUUGGUGUUACAGUGGAAUAUAUUGAUCAAGAAUUAUCGCGCUUUAUAGCAGCUGGACGACUACACUGCAAAGUCGAUCGCGUCGGAGGUGUAGUGGAAACGAAUCGACCAGACAGUAAGAACUGGCAAUAUCAGGCAAUGGUAAAGCGGGAUCUUUUGCUCAAUAGGGUGCAAAAAUUAUCGCGCGUUAUUAAUAUUUAAUGUCAUAUUAAUGUCAACAUAGUAUAUACGCUAUCAAAUUAAUAUUAAAACAAUUAAGAUCAAUUAUUUGAAUCUUCAUUGUAUAUCUAUUUUAAAGAGCCUGUUCAGUGUGUUCAGUUAUAGCAUAAAUUUUGUAACAAAGAAAGCUUAACACUUGUAUUGGAUUUUGUAAACAAGAUAUACAUACACAAUAUCUCUCAAAUA